GCCGCGCGGGCGCCCCGGGCGGAGGGAGUGGGGAGGGCUGUGCGCGCCGUCGCGUGGGCCGCUCUUUGUCCUCCAUUAGAGCUCAGGCUGCAAGUCUCGCACCGCACGGCGCAGGCCCGAAGUAGCGCAGCCGCUCUGAGUGCGAUCCAGGAGAGCCUCAGGCAAGCCAUGGAGGAUCACGGCGUCCACCAGUCGGACAUGACGACCAUCGAGGCCCACAGCGUCGCCCAGCAGGUGCAGCAGGUACACGUGGCCACCUACACAGAGCACAGCAUGCUGAGCGCCGACGAGGACUCGCCCUCCUCGCCCGAAGACGACGCCUACGAUGACUCGGACAUCCUCAACUCCACGGGAACCGAUGAGGUCACAGCCCACCUGGCUGCUGCAGGCCCCGUGGGGAUGGCGGCUGCCGCUGCUGUGGCCACGGGAAAGAAACGGAAACGUCCGCAUAUCUUCGAGUCCAAUCCAUCUAUCCGUAAGCGGCAGCAGACACGGCUGCUCAGGAAGCUGAGGGCCACCUUGGAUGAGUACACCACCCGCGUUGGCCAGCAGGCUAUCGUACUGUGCAUUUCACCUUCCAAGCCCAACGCCGUGUUCAAGGUGUUUGGGGCAGCGCCGCUGGAGAACGUGGUGAGGAAAUACAAGAGCAUGAUCCUGGAGGACCUGGAGAAUGCUCUGGCUGAGCAUGCACCCCCUCCCCCCGAGCUGAGCUCUGAGCUGCCACCCCUCACCAUCGACGGCAUCCCUGUGUCUGUGGACAAGAUGACCCAGGCCCAGUUGCGAGCCUUCAUCCCAGAGAUGCUGAAGUACUCGACCGGCCGUGGCAAACCCGGCUGGGGCAAGGAGAGCUGCAAACCCGUGUGGUGGCCGGACGACAUCCCUUGGGCCAACGUUCGCAGUGACGUGCGCACCGAGGAACAGAAGACCAGGCAGGUGUCGUGGACGCAGGCGCUGCGGACCAUCGUGAAGAACUGCUACAAGCAGCACGGCCGCGAGGACCUGCUCUACGCCUUUGAGGACCAGCAGGUGGCGCAGCCACACGUGGCCCCCAGCGUAGCCCACGGCAUCGCACACCUGGUGCCCUCGCAGACGGUGGUGCAGACCAUCAGCAACCCCGAUGGCACCGUGUCCCUCAUACAACUCCCCGUACUGUACUCGCAGGUGGGGACUGGAGCAACGGUGGCCACAUUGGCCGACGCUUCUGAGCUGCCCACCACCGUCACCGUAGCGCAGGUCAACUACUCCACCGUUGCCGAUGGGGAGGAGCAAAACUGGGCUACACUGCAAGGAGGGGAGAUGACUAUACAGACCCCCCAAGCAUCGGAGGCCACACAGGCCGUGGCGUCACUGGCAGAAGCGGCGGUGGCUGCAACCCAGGAGAUGCCUCAGGGUGCUACUGUUACCAUGGCACUCAACAGCGAGGCAGCAGCCCACGCGGUGGCAACGCUGGCAGAGGCUACCCUGCAGGGCGGGGGGCAGAUUGUUCUGGCGGGAGAGACGGCAGCCGCCGUAGGGGCCCUCGCAGGGGUGCAGGAUGGCAGCGGCCUGGUUCAGAUCCCUGUCAGCAUGUACCAGACUGUGGUCACCAGUCUCGCCCAGGGCAGCCGUCCCGUCCAGGUCGCCAUGGCGCCGGUUGCGACACGCAUAGACAACACUGUCACUUUGGACGGACAGGCCGUGGAAGUGGUGACGUUGGAACAGUGACAGCCCUCUUGCUGCCCCCAGAUGGACCACUGGCCCUUGUGAAGAGAGUAGCUCCACAGCUUUUACAGUGUAAAACGAACUUUGACGCACCAGACGGUACGGACGUAUCGAGACAUUUUGUUUACUGUGUAAAGUCCAAGUUUCUCCACAUUUGUUUUGUUCUGUUUCUGUUCUGAGUGAUUUUUUUCAACUGUGGCUUUGACAUCGGGUGGUGAAGGUGGUGUUGUAUGAACUAUUUAUUUCUGUGCGCUUACUCGUUCUAUGUCUUUUUUUUUUUUUUUUUUUUUUUUUUU